UUUCUAUUGGACACAUUCAGGUAGUUUCCGCCCAUUUUGUACUGUUUGAGAAACGUUUUCCAACAGAAUUCACGGAGUGAAUACACCCCAAUUGACAUUCCGGGGGAGAAAACAUGUCUGCCCCCGUUAAAGCAAUGCUGCCAUAAUCCAAUUUGGUAGGGAUUAGUGUAAAAACGGUAUUAUUCUGGAAUACAAUAUAUUAUAUUGAAUCAAAAACGCGGCAUCGGAAUCGAUAUAUAGCUACCGUAAUGAAGACUUUCUGCGGACGUGCCAACCCGGCCACAGGCGCGUUGGAUUGGGUCGAGGAGAGUGAGGAGUAUGACUACCAUCAAGAGAUUGCCAGGUCCUGCUAUGCUGAUAUGCUGCACGAUCACGAUAGGAAUGAGAAGUACUACCAGGGCAUCAGGGCUGCUGUGAGCAGAGUGAAGGCACGGGGUGAGAAAGUCAUCGUUCUAGACAUUGGCACUGGAACAGGACUGCUGUCCAUGAUGGCUGUCACAGCUGGGGCUGACUACUGCUAUGCUGUAGAGGUUUUCAAGCCCAUGGCAGACGCUGCUUUCCGAAUAGUGAAGAAAAAUGGCUUCUCAGACAAGAUCAAGAUCAUCAAUAAACACUCUACAGAAGUGACAGUUGGACUAGAUGGAGACAUGCAGACUCGAGCCAACAUCCUCAUCACAGAGCUGUUUGACACUGAACUAAUUGGAGAGGGAGCCUUACCCAGCUAUGAACACGCUCAUCUCAAACUGGUCCAGGAGGGCUGUGAGGCUGUGCCCCACCGUGCCACAGUGUAUGCCCAGCUAGUGGAGUCAGAGCAGUUGUGGAGUUGGGCACAGUUACAACCCAUGGAGGUGGAUGGUCGCAAACUGCUACCUCCUCCCGCUGUAAGCCACUGUGCUGGAGCCCACUCGGUCUGUGACAUCCAGCUCAGCCAGGUGCCCCCUAACCGCUUCACACCACUAGGGCCUCUCUGCACCAUGUUCAGUGUGGACUUCAGUAAGCCAGUGAGCAGUGCUCCUCAGUCCCACUCCUCCAGCUUCCUAGCUCAGUCCAGUGGCCGGGCUCAGGUGGUCCUCUCCUGGUGGGACAUAGACAUGGACCCCAGCGGCUCCAUCGUGUGUUCCAUGGCUCCCAGCUGGACCUACCCAGACCCUCAGUCUGCUCCUUGGCGGGAUCACUGGAUGCAGAGUGUCUACUUCCUUCCUGUGGAGAGGAGGGUGGCAGAGGGAGAGGAACUCAGCCUUACUGUCUCCCAUGACGACUACAGCCUGUGGUACAGCCUACAGCCAGACGGUCAACAGGGCACAUUGAGUGAGGCACCACCUUGUCGGCCAUGUUGCGUCUGUCAGGCUCACCUGGUGUGGACACGCACACGCUUCGGGGAGCUCAAUGACCGCCAGCGCACACAGAGCUACGUCAGAGCUCUACGCAGUGUUGUAAAACCAGACAGCGUGUGCGUAGGGGUCAGUGAUGGGAGUCUGUUACCCAUCUUCGCUCACAUGCUUGGAGCUAAGAAGGUGUUCAGUUUGGAAAACUCUGGAAUGUUGAAGCAGGUCAUUGAACAAGUGCUGAAUGCCAACUCCAUGAGAGGAGGAGUUCAGAUUCUGGGGAUUCGUCCUGACCAGCUGUCCAGUACUGACCUGGCGGGGGAACAGAUAUCAGUGUUGAUAGGUGAGCCCUACUUCAGCACCAGUCUUCUGCCCUGGCACUCCCUGUACUUCUGGUACUGUCGUACUGCCCUGGUCCGUCUGCUGACACCCACUGCCACCAUCUUGCCUUGCUCUGCCAUUCUGUGCAUGGUCGCUGUGGAGUUUCAGGAUCUGUGGAGGAUAAGAGCUCCUUGUGGUACAUGUGAAGGCUUUGAUGUUGGACCUAUGGAUGAGAUGGUUCAGUCUCUGGAUUUCCGUGAGUCCCAUGAGGCCGAGCCACAGCCUCUAUGGGAGUACCCGUGUCGGGCCCUGACCCAGCCCAGAGCUGUCAUGACCUUUGACUUCCUACAGUGUGUUCCUGAACAGCCAAUCAGAUGUCAGGGAUCACUACCAUUUACGAGGAGGGGACGUUGCCAUGGUGUGGCCCUGUGGAUGGAGUACCAACUGAAUGAUGACAUCAAAGUUAGCAUGGGCCUGACAAGACCAGUCAGUGAAGAGGGUGCCUGUGAAUGGAGUCUCCAUCGGAAACAAGGCGUGUACUUCUUCAGGUCCCCAUGGGAGAGCUCAGGGGAUGGAAGGGCCUCAGUGUCUUAUAGUUUCACCUUUGAACCCAGCAUUGGGGAUAUCAAAAUGGACUUCACAGUUGCCUCACAGUGAUCUGUAGUGGUACACAUGAAACUGGACAUCUCUGGGUUGGCUUCUAUAAAGAGGACAGACAUUGCAAAUACAGACCCAAAUUACUCUAGUAAAACCAAAUACUGAUGGAUGGUGUUUGUUUUAUACUGUAUUCUUGUGCUUUUAAGUUUGAAAGUGAAUAUAUAAACAGGUCAUGAUUGAAAAAUUGU